GUUAAGCUUUUAUUGAUAUCGAUAAGCUGUUAUUGAUGUAUCGAAUUAUUGCUCACUUGGUAAGGAUUCUUUAAAAUUAAAACAAAUGGAAUCUGCGACGACAACUGCGGAGGGAACUUUGCUCCGAAACAAGAUUCGGGGAUAUGCCAAGGAUCAGCGUGUUGAGUGCCGCAUAAAGGCGAAGGACUCCUUGCGCAUCGGACUGGGACAGGUUAAGCAGGAAGUGGCGGCUCUUGAGAUGGGCAUCAAGGACGUUACUGGAAUGGCCAGCAGGAUCAAGCGGCGCAAGCACGCCACCUCCGAGGAUCUGUGCCGCUUGUCACUGGGGUUCCUCCAGGGCAACGACAACAUCAACGCAUUCGCAGCCAUUCCUGGCGCCAUUCAGGUCCUGGUUAAGGAACUCACUGGACCUCACAUUCAGCGACAGACAGAUGCCGUGGAGUGCUUGUGUAACCUUUCCCUGGGCGAGGCCCAUGUAUCCGAAAAGAUUGUCACUUUGGCGGGCAGCUACAUGGUCACCUACCUCGAUGGCAAGGCCGAACGCCUCAAGCGCAGUUGCCUAUGGACACUGGCCAACAUUCUGGCCACAUGCGAUAAGGCCGGCAAGAUUUUGCUGCAAAUGCAACUAGUACCCAAGUUGUGGAGGCUCUACAGCGACGCCAGUGGUUGCCAAGAAGAUGCGGCCAUAUGUCUCUCCCUGGUGGCCACCCAGUGCCUGCAGCAUGUGAGUGACGAGGAUCGAAGCUACAUUGCGCAGAACCUGUCAGAGAAGAUCCCCGAGCAGCCCGCCAGCGAGUACUUCAUGUACAUAGUGCACCAACUGGAAAUCGUGAACCAGGAGCACAAGCUAGGUGCUCAACAGGCCGAAUACCUGGUGCGUUUCUUUGAAGCGACCUUAGCGCCACUAGCCGACCGUCUAAGCCUGAUCUAUGGGGUGCGGGUAAUGGCCAAUCUGGUUGCCCUAGGUGACCCUAGUUUAAUGGGAGCACUGGCAGACCCGCAAAACCUUGUUAAAACGCUAAACCAGCUCUUCGCCCUGCGAGAUCCAGAUCUCAGCCUGGACUCGAUGCGGCUACUCAAGAACUAUUUGCAAUUAAAUGCAGCAGAUUCCAACCUCGUAUUGGAUAGCUUGCAAAUAUACGCAUAGGCUUUUUGGCUUGGAAUAA